CCAGUCCAAGCCAACUUUCAUAUUACCAUUAACCAUACUCAAAAUCAAUCUCUAUAUAUACUAGCAGAAGAUCAAGAUUAGAGUGAUAAUGGAGACAGUCAAGAGCUUAGCGGAGCGGAAGCCGGUCGUGAUAUUCAGCAUAGGGUCACGCUGCAGCAUGAGCCACACCAUCGAGACGCUCGUGGCCGGUUUCGGGGGGACCGUGACCGUGCACGAGCUAGACGUGAUGCCCAACGGAAAAAACCUGGAGUGGGAGCUGAUGCAGGGCAUCUGGGCGGCUGCAUCCUGGGCAAGCAGGAGGAAGCCGCCCAGUUUGCCGGCGGUGUUCAUCGGCGGCGAAUAUGUCGGGGGCGAAGGUGAGAUCAUGUGCCUCCACCUCAAGGGAGAACUUGUCCCCUUGCUCAAGAAGGCUAGAGCCAUUUGGCUCUAACACUUUUAGUCAUUAUGCAUUAGUCAUUAUUCAAGCAAAAUUUCGUCAUCACUGGACAUUAUGGACAUUAUAAGUGCUAUUUAGAGAAUAAAACAGUUUAAGUGCU